GCCGCAGUUGUCACCGGCAGCAGGAGGGUGAGGCCGGGCGGGGAGGGGCGGGGAGCUCGGUUCCCGGGACUGUCACCGCCCGCUCCGCGGAGCCCUUUCCUCUGCGUCCGCCGCCGCCGUCCCCGCCGCCAUGACCACCACCACCACCUUUUCGGGCAUGGACCCCAGUGGCAGGAGCAGCUCCAGAGUGCUGCGUCCUCCUGGAGGUGGGUCCAACUUUUCGCUGGGGUUUGAUGAACCAAAAGAACAACCCGUGAGAAGGAACAAAAUGGCAUCGAGCAUCUUUGGAACUCCUGAAGAAAAUCCACCUUCCUGGGCUAAAUCAUCGGGGACUAAGCCAGGUGAAAUCGGAGAAAACUGUGAAUCAUCUGGGCCACAAAGAAGAAACUCAACUGAUGUAAACUGUGGAGACUUUGUAGAUCCCAAGGGAGGCGAUGGUGGUGGUGAAACUUCUGCAAACACUACAGUCACAGAAAUAAUCAAACCCAGCAACUGCAUCUGGAAGUGUCUGCACUAACUGGCUUUUAAGUUCCUGUCGCUUUUUAAAUGCUGAUUUCUGUCAAGGAAGUUCAUAUGCAUACUGCAAACAUGGUGUAAACAGGCAUUUCCCCUUGCAGCACGCAUGGUAACCUUGAAGUGUUUUCUCUAGCUCUGAGGCUGGAAAUCUCUCUUUUGUAAGACUGACCUUAAGAACAGCUGACUUCCUGACCAGAGGAAUGUGCGUGUUGACUGUUGCUUUCCAAGUGCUACUUUCAACACCUAUGAGUUGUGGGAGAUCACUAAAGCCAUUAGCAGCUCCAUGUCCUGAAAAGACUUCAGCUGGGAGGGGGAGAGUUCUCCCUGAAUGUUUUACCUACCUCUAAGUGGUAUCUGUGCCCAAAAGAAGUCUUGCUGCUGCUAAUCAAACUGCACGGGCUUCUUCAGUAUUUCUUUCCCAUGUCUGUCUGAUCUUAAUUAACACUGCAGGCAUCUGGAGUUUAUGUUUCAAGUAGGAGGAUGUGGUUUGCUAAUAGAAGUAAACUGAUCUGAGGGCUCUGCUGCUUCUCCUGGCAUUUAAUGAGCUCACAUGGGGUCGGAUGAGAGCCUGUGAGCAGUGGUAAGGCACGUAGAGAUGGGAAGGGAGGAAGCAGAAGCAGGGCUGUGUUACUGGCCAGUAACUGGGGUGUUUGCUGUUGUAGCCGUGACUCAGAUUACAUUUCUGUAGAUGUGUAAAAUGAAAUAAAAAUGACAGGCAAAGGUUUGAAUGUUAAACUUCCACAGAUGGUGCUUGAGAAGGAGUAGAAAGUGGAAACGGUGACUGUGGCAGAUAGCUGAGAACCUUGAUGGAUUAAGUUAAUUUCUAGUGUUGAUAGCUUCAGGUAUCAGAGCUUAAUGGAGCACAGAGUCUUGCUGAGCUGGCUGUGUCACUGCACUUGAUGUUCCUGCUGUGUGAGAUGGCAGGCAUGAGCUGGUGAACAUCCCACCUGUGGCACUUGUCUCUGGGCUGAAUGAAUACACCUCCAAGGAAAAACAGCUCACAGCAUAACCAGCCGCUUAAUGGGUUCCCAUCAUUAAAACAAAAUGGUUAUUCUUUUGAAUUUGGAAAUGAUUUUCUGUAUGUAACUGAGGGUAAAACCCCAAGUAGGUGUCAGGUGGGGUGUGCAUGUUUAAUCAUGCCUGUCUAGGGGAAGAAAACCUGUUCCUUUUUGCAGCAGAGUUCUUGCUGCUUGUUUGGAAGCUGUAGUUCCUUUCUGUGCAUCAGCUUCCAAUGGUUUGCAGUGUACUCAGGAGGAAGCUGUUUCAGAGAUCAUGCCCUUUCUGAUGAGGGAAGAACGUCAACAUUUCAUCUGAUCCUGCUGCAUUUACCACUUUAGUUAUUAGGUUGGUGAACUUAUCUAUAUCUUGAUUAUGUGGGAAGCACUAAUGUGUACAUCAGCUGGCCAAGUGAGCCUCUAAAUGCUGUAGAAACUUCCCUCAAAGUCUGUGAUAGUAAUUCUUGUUUCUUUUGUGAUUCAGUUAGCACUGUGUGCCUAAUGAAUGUGACCAGCUAAGGAGAACCAGCCAGCCCUCCAUUGACUGUCACCAAUGACUGACUCUACAUGAUACACAGGAAGGUGGAGUCUGGCAUUUGGUGGACAGAUCAUCACUGGGAGUGCUGCACAGUGCUUGGGCUGUGUGCUGAAGGUGCAGACAAUGGAGCAUUCAGCUCUGUGUGAGCAGUGGGUAUGGCCUGAGUUGUUCUCAGCUUGCUGAGUAAGCAGGCAGUGGUACAUAUGAGCUGCAGGAGCUUCAAGCUUCAUAGUAACAGUGCUGUUCGGAUGUGGGUUAAUGAAUACAGCAGAGAAUCUGUGUUGUAGGUUAUUUCUGAUUCAUGGAGACUAUGCUAAGCUGCUGGAGCACUUUGAGAUUAUUAGAAGCGUGGAUCCAGGGGGUUCAGUGGACACAAGUGGGUUUUCAGUGUUUCUGAUAAAAUUCUGCAUCAAAGAUGCCACAGGAUUGGAGGAAAACUGCUCCCAUGGAUAGGAAGGUAGCUAAAGAAUAGGAGACAAAGGGUAGGGCUUAGUGAUUGCUUUUCAUGUUGGAAAAACGAGCCAUGGGAAGUGAUGCUGGGGCCAGUGUUAUUCAGAGCCUUCAUCCGUGACCUGGAAAAGGUAAUGAACAGUGAAGUCUCCAAUUCUGUUGGUGACAUUAGUUCUUUCGAGUAGGCAAAUUGUGCUGAUGGUGGGAAAAUCUUACUGUCAGGACUCACCUAAAUAAGGCAGGUAGGUUAAAAGGUGGCAGGAUAGUUUUUGUGUAAGUCAGUAUAAAGUAAUGCAUUUUGGGGGGGGAGACCCACAACCUAAACGAUGCGAGGCUUGGGUUCAGCUCUGUGCAGCAGUUAACUCCCAGGAUCUGCCUUGGGUUCUAUUACUGAAGUUCUCUGACACUCUGAAAUGUUGUCAAGGAGAGAAUGGGGAACAAGACAUUGUUUUGCCUCUGUAAACAAGGAUAUACCCACAUCUUGAAUCAGGGAUGCAAUUGUGGACAUGUAAAGGCCAGAGUGGAGUGGAGGUAAGAAAGGGGCAGAGGAAGGUAAGGGGAAAUGUAAAAGGAUGCAGUAGCUGCCGUGUGAGGAGAGACUAAAAUGGCUUCAGUUGGGAAAGAGAAUAGGAUCAAGAUACACUAAAUCAUGAAGGUGGUGAUGAAGGUGAAUCCUCCAAACCAAGAACUAGUGAUUAGAUGAAACUAAAUGGGGUCUGUUAAAUUAAGUUCAUCUUCA